AUGUUCUCCGCCAUCUUCUCGACGUCCCCUCCAGUUGCCCCCGAUGCGCCCAAUUUCCAUCCUGUCUCCUCUGAGUUCCAGGGUGACGACCUUUUUGGCGAAUUAGAACCACAGGACACGGAGUGGACCUGCGCAGGAGGCUUCGCAGUAGAGACGCAGACCUGGUACAAUUUCCUCGAGGACGGCACGUCGUUCAUGUGCCAAGUGAUCCACUCGGCCGUGGGCGUUUGGUUUCCGACCAUCCAGUUCACCUGCAAGAUCUACAAUCCGAAUACAAAAGAGUCGACAUGGCGAUCUAUAAAUGUAUCCAACUUCGUUACCCCACCCCCUGGCCUAGACAAGCGCUCCAGCAAGGCCGACGAGUUCACCAUCACUCACAAGUCCGCCCCGGGCACCGACACGCCAGAGACGUACGUGAUCCGCGCCAACCUCUCCGACGACCUCCAGAUCUCCGUCGACAUCGCGCGCCCCGCCUCCGCGCCUGGGUGGAAGGUCGGGAAGGGCCCCAAGGGCGGGUUCUCCUACUUCGGCACAGAUACCGCGAACCCGGAGGGCUACGUCGUGCACCGCUUCUGGCCACGCGACUCCGUGUCGGGCAUGAUCAUCCACCACGGCCAGGCGACCAGCGUUAAGGGCCCCGGCAUGUUCGUGCACGCGAUCCAGGGCAUGCGCCCGAACCUCGUCGCCGCGCGCUGGAACUUCGCGCACUUCCAGAGCGACGCGUUCGGCGGCGCGUCUGCCAUUCAGAUGGAGUUCACCACGAUCGACUCGUACGGGGGCAAGGGCGCGGGCUCCGGUUUCGUCUCUGUGAACAUUGGUUCGCUCGUGCUCGGCGGCAAGCUCGCGGCGGUCACCGCGGAGACGAAGUGGCCGGACCAGGCGCUGCCCGACCAGGCGGAUGUGAUGUCGCGCGCAGUCCACUCCAAGACCGCUAUCGACCCCGAUACUGGAUACGCUGCCCCAACGGAGUUCGUCUUCCGGUGGGCAGCGCCGUCGAUCGUACCCGACGCCCAGGGCGCGCUGGACGCGACGUUGCAAUUUGACGUCGGCCAACCGGACGCGUAUAAAGGGCUGAUCGAGAAGGUGGACGUCCUCGCGGAGAUCCCAAAGGUGAUCAAGACGGUGGUCAACUACGUCGCCGGCACGAAGCCGUACAUUUACCAGUGGCUCAACUCAGUCACGUUAAGUGUCGCCGUGCCCGAAGGCCUCAUUCCUGGCUCUUCUGGAGUAUUGCAGAUACCGGGAAGUGUUUACACCGAAGCUACGUUUAUAUCUUAG